AUGAAUGAAGAUAUUUUCGGAAUCUGGAUCAAUGUGAUGUUUCAUAAAUGUUGUGUUUUUUCCGAAGCAAUUUGCUGUUUUAAAACACAGAAAAGUGAGUUUAUGGGGUUUUAAAGAGGUUUUCAUAGGAAAAAUUCUUUUUUUUUAAAUAAUCAGAAAAUUUUGAAAAAAAUCAGAAAAUUUUGUUUUGAGUUCACCGAUCUCAUAUGAAUUAUUCUACUUCUUGGAUGUUCACAAAAUAGGAUUUUCGUUUUUUUGCCAAGUUUUCCAAUGAUCAAUUUAUCUUUUCAUAUUCCAUAAUUUCUCUCAAAGCAUCUGUUGCAUCCAAACGUACAAUUAGAGUAUACAAAUUUCAAAAAAACAUAUUUUGGAGCUUUUACUCUUCUUCUCUUCUUCUUUUUUGCUUUUAACGCAAAACUCGGAGCAAAAAUUUUUAACGACCCAUUUUCUACUCUUUGAAAAAUAAAAAAAACCUCAUGGACCAUUAAAUUUUUAUGAUCAUUACUAUUUUAUUUUCAGAAUUUCACAUAUUUCAUUCAUUUCGUAUUCAAUAUAUUAUUUUGUUGUGUGUCGUCAUAGGUGAUCACAUAGGUUUUUGGUGUGCUCACAGCAGAAUAAAAAUAUGUAGGGUUUCGAAAAUAUGGAUGAAUAAUUUUUGAAUUUCGCUAGAGUACUCUUUAAAUUUAUUCAAACAUUGUAAAAGUUAUUUUUCGAAAAUAUUAUUCGGAAAAAAUCAAAUUCGUCUCUUGAUCAAUUUUUGAGUUUCGGAAAAUUCCAAUUUUUUGAAAAAUAGUUCCCAGAAUUUAGAGUUCGAAAAUAUUUUCAGUAAACAAAAUGACACAUUUUCCACGUCAUAACAUUACUAUUCUAGAAUUUCUGAAUUUCUCUGAAGUACUCUUCAAAGUAAUUCUAUUCAAUAGUCUUCAAACUUUAUCUUGAACUUUCGAUCAAAAAUAAAACAAUGAAUAUUUUGUGCUUCAAAAUAUUCUUUAUACUUUUUGUCAUUUUUUCCUAAAUAUAAAUGUCAUUUCAUCUCAUCACUUCUUUUUUUGUUCCAACCAAAAUGUUCCAAGCAACUUGUCUGAAAUCGCAUACAUUUCGAAUGUGCUUUUUGUUCUUCUGCCCCAAAAAUCGUCCACUUCCCCCGAUUAUAUUCGACUGAAAAAUUGUGGGGUGGUUUUUGUUUCUCGUGUGAAAAUUAUAGGCUUUUUCUGGAGCGCUCUCAAAAAAAUCAUUCCGAAUUUUUCUGAAUAGAUGAAAAGAACAGAAUUGAAAAAUGAACGAGUUCCUUGUUUUUUGUGUAUCUUGAUAGCUUUUAUUAAUAAUAUAUUAGCGCUGAAAAAAAGUGACAUUGAGUUUUGUGUUUUUUGUUGAUUUUUUGUAAUUUUUGUUUGAUACUUUUCACUUUUUCACACGCUUAGCUAGGAUUUUUCACAUAAUUUUUGGACUCUUUUAGUAAACUAGACUGAAAAAAGUUUUUUGAAGGUGGAAAACCUAACUUCAUAGUUCUUCGACUGCGAUGUGUAUAUCCAAAUCUGAAGUUAAUUAAUUAGACUGUGGUUUAAGAAAAUGUUCUGUUUUUGGUUAAUUUCAGAUCUUUGAAAUUUGAAAAAUGGACGUCAUAAAGAAGAAGUCUCAAAAGUAGUAGUAUAAAUAAUAUUUCUCAAAUUUUUUGGAUACAAUUUUGUUCAGAAGUUUUAAAAUUUCGAUCAGACAUUUUAAUGUUCUGACGAUUACUUUUUCAAAAUCUGAAGUUAGCUAGAAAAUGAGAAACAUCAAACUUUUUCGAAAUCGUUACUGUAAUCCUGUUCAAUCCUUCUCAACUCUCCGGAGAUCUUUUUUUUCUAGACAUAAUUCAAUCAUAUGAGUAAUAUUGAAAAUUCAAGCUUUUUUCUUCGUUUGUUUUUUUUUCAGAACAUAUUAUUUUUAUUACACAUAUGACAAAUCUCAUCUUAGAUUAUUGUUGUCAGAAUGAGUUGUCGAAAAAAUGAUGAUGAUAGAUUGUGAGUUGACCACUUUUAUCGAUUUCGAAAAAUUGUCAAACCCAAGAAUAUUCGUCUUUUUUUUCGUAUUCAUAACCUGAAAAAAUAUGAACUGAAUUUCAAUUUGUCAAAUUUUAUGCACUUUUUCGUGUUUUUUUUUCGUUUUCCAAUAUUUUUCAUUUGUUAAAUGGGAGACAAUGAAUUAAUUUUAUUGAGCAAUUUAAUUUGUCGCAAAUUUCGAAUAUUGAACAUUUUUUUGGAAGUCGAACAACAACAAAAAAUCAUUUGGAACUAAGUAAAACCUUAACUCAGUUCCUCUGGCCAAGAAAUUUAUAUACAGUUUUGGAUCAGAAAAAAACUUUGGAAAUCAAAAAAUUUGCUUGAGAAAACAUCAUUAAAACUGACCAAAAGUAUGGAUUAAUGUUCGGUGCCCAAAAAAAUUACCAAAAAAUAAAUUAAAAGAUAUGCAAAUGACAGUGAUGUUUGAAACAUUAAUUCUAUUCAUAAGGUUUUUCCGGGUUUAUAUUUGACAUGUCAUUUUUGUUUCUUUCUUUUUCUUCUUUUUCUUUAUUUAUUCAUUUCUCCAUUCUCUUCAUAAAUUGCCAUAAUCGUAGGUAUUUUGAGACGUGCUCGUGCGCAUAAAAAAUCAAGAAAACACUUGAAUGUUUUGUUUUGUUUUUGUGUCUUUUUUCCUGCUUUUUUUGUUAUUUUUUCUGCCACUUUUUGGCUUAUUCUACUUCUUCAUAGGUCUUUAAAUUGUGGUUAUUUGAUUUUUUGCUUCAUCGAUUUUGUGGAGUAGAGAUUGUUUUUAUCUUGUCGAAAAAGAAAAAAGAAAUAACCAAAAAGAAAAGAUUUUGCUGGGGUUUUGGUGAGAUAAUUCAGUUUUGCACUUUACAACUGAUCAUUUCGCGUUCUUUUCCAAACUGACAUUUUUCAACACUUUGUUUCGAAAAUAUUUUCUCGCCUUUUUUUCAUGUGAUCAUCAAAUUUUGAGCGAUCAUUUUUUGAACCUUGAGAUUUGAAACAUUUUGAUAACUUCGUCAUAAUUUUGAAGCUCACCGAAUUUUAGACGUGGCUAGAAAAGCCUAAUUCUGUGAGCCAGGAUACUGGAGCUCUAAAAUAUUCUGAACGUUUGAGGUUAUGAAAAAAUUGUUUUAAUUUUAAUAAUUAUCAGAAAGUAUGACUGUAUUCGAGUUGCGAAGGCGAAAAUGCCCGUUCUCGUUUUUUUUCUCAAAUAUCCUAAUUCUUGGAAAUAAUUAUCACUUGUGUUUUCAUCAUUCUGAAGCAGACAAGGAAGAGAUCUAGAUCAUUUUUUUUUUGAUUUCAAAGAUGAUAUUCAAAAACUCAUAAUUCAGUCAUCAUUUUUAAAAAUUCAAAAUGAAAUAGUAUAGCACAUUUCUCUUCGGUUCGUCAAUUUUUUCAAAUAAAUCUUCGAUUUUUAAUGUUUGCCAUUAAAACGAAGACAAAUUUUCCUGACGUUUUUUUCUCCCAAAAAGUAGUUUUCUACUUUUUCUUGGGCUUAGAUCAAACCCUAAACCUAUAACAUUUUCCAUUUUUCAAGCGUGUUUUGCUCUUUGAAUGGUUUUGCACCUCAAAAUGAAUUAGAUAUAAAUCGAGUCCUCCCUCCGCUUUUUCUUUUUGCAAAUUACGUAAAUUAUUUUCUGUUUUAUUUUUUUGUUUCUUCUUUGCGUGACCAAUAUCAUUCAAUUCUUUGCUCUUUUUUUAGGGUUCCAAUAGGAAAAUGUUGUCUAAUUAGAUUCUGAAAAAUGUUGCACAUAUCUUCCUUUUUUCUGUUGGUGGUGCAAAUUAAUUUAGAAAGCCUUGUCUAGUUUCUUUUUUUAUGACAUGGUUUCAUGCUUUUUUUUUUUGUUCGAAGCUCAAAAUGAAAUGGCUCAAUUUUUCAAAAUGGAUUAUUUUUCUGUCUUUUGUCAAAAAAAUAUUUGCAGAAAAGUCAACCUUUUUUUGACGAAAUUUCCGUUUUGCGUGGGGUGCAAAUCUUCAUUUAUUUUCUAAUGACAGCCCGAUACUAUUUUUGGAGUAUUUAUUUUUCAAAGGUUUCUCGUCAUUUUUGUGCUCCGCCUUUUUUUCAAAGCAAAAUAAAUAACAAAUCAAAUUUGAUUCACAUGUGUAAUUCCUGAUCGUCUAACUAUUUUUUGGUUUUUUUCUUUUUUUGGAAAGUAGUAAACCAGCCUGAUAAGGGAAUAUUUUUUGGAUGUGUAGAAAAAUAGAUAAUUUCAAUGUGUCAGAAUGAGAAAAAAGUCCCAAAUGUUUCACUUCAAUAAUUUUCUAAAUAUUCAGUUUCAUCUCCAAGCAACAAAAAAAGUUGGAUAUCGAAUUCACUAAUUUAUAUUCUGUUUCUAAAUAGUUUUUUUUGUUUCGUUUCGUUUCGUUUUUGAAACACAGCUGAGCCAAAACCCAGAAACUUUGAAUUGAAUUAUUCAAUUUCGCAUUUCACACUUUUAAAUAGAUUUUUCGAAUAUCUAUCAAGUUUCCAGAUAAAUCCUCUCAAUAAUUGAAAGUUAGUUUGAUUUUUGGACGUAUUAUCAAUGUCUAUUUAAAAGUGCGGUUUUUUUCAAUUUCAUCAAGGAAAUAAUGCAACACUGAGCCGAACACUUUUCUGAUUUUGACACUCUUUUUUUGUGCUUCUUUUUUUCUUCCAUUUCUUGUCAAUUUCCCUUUUUUUCUACACGCUUACAUUUUUUUUCAAAAUGUUAAUUUAUUUUCUUCAGAUUUAAUAGUUUUCGCCAUGUUUUCCCAAGGGACCUUUUUUCUCUUUUCUGUCUCUUUUUCUUACCUACUAGAUCUGGAAAAAACUAGUAUCUUUUCUCUCAAUUAUUUAGGUAUUCACAAAAUGACCUAUUUCUAUUGUUGUUUUUUUUUUCAAUUUAGGUGUUCCAUAAAAUAUGGCAAUGUUCUAAUGAAAAAGCAGAAAAAGGUCAUUUUUCAACCCUCUUUUUGCCCCAAAAAUGUCAAAACAAAAAAAAACACGAAGAAAACGAGCCUAUUAUUUUGCAUUUUUUCAAAAAGAAAAAAGGCAAAAAGAUUAAGAAUCGUUUUUGAGAUGUGUCCUGUCAAUUUUAUUUUUCACGGGGUUUUUCUAUUUCUGAAAAAAACAAGAUGUUGAAUUUAUUUUGACUCUUCUCUUUUCGAAAAAGCAUUUUCUUCGAAUUUUCAAAGGUGCGUAGAUUAAAAAUUGGAUAAGAUUCACGCAUGACCUGAGUUAGGCGCUGAAAUUUUUGUCUAGAAGAUUUAGUUCAAUUUUGUGCCGAUUUCUACGUCAGAAAUAAAAAGUUAAUGAAAACUUUUCAGAAAAAAAUGUAAUUAAAAAAUGAUUUCAAGAAAAUCACUCUGACAAAUCCGAAGGAAGAACGGAAAAGUUCUAAAAAACUUCAGCAGAAGUCUAUUCCAGAGUAAACAAGUCCUUCAGUUUUUCAUACAUUUAUUUUCAUUUCCUCAAUAGAUCAUCAUUUUUUUUUCCAUUUUUAGGUAGUACAAACACACAACACACAGUGAAGUUUCCGUGUUUUUCCGGCAAAAAAUGCUCAUAUUACUUUUCAGCAAAUACACGUACUUUUAUUUUUUUUCGAAAAAUACUUGAAUAGGUUUAAAAUCAGCAAGGAAAAAGUACAGUACUAAAUAUAAUUUAAUUCAUAAGUUCUUUUAUUUCUCGUGAAUCUUUGAAAAGGGCAUUCUUCGGAACUUUUCAGAAGUUCAUGUGAGUGAAGCAAUAGACGAUUUAUUGAAAAUUCAAUUGUUUGAGAAGUCUGUCUUUUCAGUCAUCUUUGAACAUUCAAUCAAAUAAAAAACAGAACAUCAAAACAACAUGGUACUUAUAAAAAAUCGUUUUUUUUUCUUAUUUUUGCUCCUUCAUCUUUUUUCGCUGAAAAUCCAUUUUUUAUGCUACUCUAAAAAUGUUUUCCGAGUACACGAAAUUUGAACCUUUUUUUCUUUUUUCUUUCCUCGUUCUUUAUUUUUACAUUGUUUUUUCUUUCCUUUUUCAGUCGGUCGCAAAAAUUUUUGUUCCGAGUUUUGAAAAAUAAGUAAAUUAGUAAGUGUUGAACGUCAUUCCUCGGGGACUUUUUCUGGUUAAUUUUUUGGUGCCACUGAAAAACAGGUGAUUCAACUCAGGCAAAAAUUUGAUACGCUUCUUUUCCGAAAAUACUUUAGUUUUAUAUAAAUAUUAUUUGUUUUCGUGUGGUUCGAAUGAAAAUAUUAUUUUAUUUUUAUUUUCUCCCAAAUUCUCAAUUGGUCUCAAUUGAACUCAACAAAGAAAAUUUCGAAAAUGUUUUGAUAUUCUCAACAAAUUUUUAUUUAAUUAUAGAGAUCUUUUUUUCGCGAAAAUGUUAAACGAAUUAUCUGUUCGUUUAUUUUUUUUUCCUUGUCUUGUCUUGUUUCAAUUUCUCCUUUUUUUUUGCAGAGAAUAAAAUGAUCCAUGACGUGUUAUAUAUUUUAUUAGUUACAAGUGUAGCUCAAUCAACAUCUCAACAACAAAUAUCAAAACAACAAAUAAAAGCAGUGGAGCCAGCUAAUUGUGAAUAUAAUUCAAAUCAUCGAAAAAGUAUAUUAAAGGUAGGCUUUUUCUUCAAAAUUUAUCAAUAUUUGAAUCGAAACUUUUCGUUUUAAAAACAUAUUUCUGAUUUUUUAGGAUCUUCUCCAUGAUUAUGAUAAAACAAUGGUUCCAUCAAAUCAUUCAGUAAAAGUUAGUGUUGAAUUAACAGUUCAAGACAUUUCUUCAAUAUCUGAAAUCACAAGUUCGUUUAUUGCUGAUGUUUGGUUCAGUCAAGUUUGGGAAGAUCCACGAUUAGAAUAUUGGUAAGAUCUAUUUUCUCUUUUUCUCAAUGUUUUUUUUGAUUUCAGGAAUUUGUCUUGUAAGACAAAUUUAUCAUUGGAUAGUGAUGUUAGCCAGAGAUUAUGGACUCCGAAUGUAUGUUUUGUGAAUAGUAAAUCGACACAGGUUCAUAAAUCACCAGCAUCCAAUAUUUUGUUGAUUAUUUAUCCGAAUGGUUAGUUUCUCAUUUUGAAGUUAUGAGAAUUCAGGGAAAAAAAGAUUCGGGCCUGAUUUUUUUUCAGAAAAAAAGUUUAGAUCAAUAAAAUUUAACAUAUUACAAAAAUAAUCCAAAAACUAUCUUGCUUAUGUUUCAAACCACCCUAUAAUUUUUCAGGAACAGUUUGGUUAAAUUAUCGUGUUCAAGUAUCGGCUCCUUGUAGUUUCGAACUUUCGAGAUUCCCCAUCGAUGCACAAGAAUGUCAUUUGAUUUUCGAAUCAUAUUCGUAUAAUACAGCAGAAGUUCAAUUAAAUUGGCAACAAUGGGCUCCUGUUACAAUGCCGCCUCCUGAAGAUUUUCGACUUCCCGAUUUUCAAUUCUAUAAUGUUUCAUGGCAAAAAUCAUCAAAUGAAUAUACAGCUGGAAUGUGGGAUCAAUUAAAAGUAACAUUUCGAUUCAAAAGAUUAUAUGGUUAUUAUGUUCUUCAAAUGUAUCUUCCAACAUAUUUAUCUGUUUUUAUAUCAUGGAUUGCUUUUUGGAUUGAUACUCGAGCACUUCCAGCAAGAAUUACACUUGGUGUUUCAUCUUUAAUGGCAUUAACAUUUCAAUUUGGUAAUAUUGUCAAGAAUUUGCCACGUGUCAGUUUUGUCAAAGCUAUCGAUUUAUGGUUUUUCGUUUGUGUUGCAUUCAUUUUCUUUUCAUUGGUUGAAUUGGCUGUUGUUGGAUUUGUUGAUAAAAUAACUGAAAUCAAAAGGAGGUCAAGAAGAGUUAAAUUUCAACGAGCUUUGGCGAAUGGUUCAAUGAAAAAGUGAGUUCUCAAAGUUUAGAGAGUUUUACUCUCGUAAAGAGUUUGUUUGAAAAAUAAAAACAAAAAUGGUCUCAUCGGGAUCUCUCUAUUUCAUUAAAAAAUCUAAUGAUUUCAGUUCUAGAAAGUACUCAUGCAAUUCAACAAAUAAAUGUGCAUCUGUUCGAUACAGUAUGAAUAAUAAUGAUGAUGAAGAUUUGUAUAAUAUAAGUGGAGAAGCAAAUGGAUACAAUCAAAGUUGGAAAAAUAACAGUUCUCGUGAAGUAUCAGCUGAUAUGGGAGCAAGAGUUGAUUCAUUCGCUGCAAAAGCAUUUCCAGCAAUGUUUGCUGCGUUUAAUGGUGAGCGAAAAAAACACAAAAAAUGAAAUCAUGCGGAAAAUGAAUAUGAACUUUGAGUUUCGAGAGAUUAGAACCCUCUUUUUUCUAUUUUUGAAUUUGAUUUGAAAAAAAACAGGAAAUGAUGGAAUUUCCUCGUAUAUUUAUAUCUAUUCAAACAAAAAAAAAACAAAGUCCAAAAAUCUUUAUUUUUUUCAGUAUUCUACUGGUGGUAUUAUUUAUCAAGAGAACGAAAUUAG